GGAGGACCAAGGGUCUGGCAUAAGCUGGCGAUCCAAAAGGAAAAUGUGGACUGAACCUCUCCACGGCAUUUAGUGGUCCUGUCUAGAACCUGCUGGGACAGCCCAGAGCAAGCUGGCUUCCAAAUGGGGCUCAGGACGUCUCUGGGGCAGAAGGGGGGCCGGAAAACAGCCUUCCUGCUGACCAAGGAGAGAUAGAAAGUCUCUGGGGAGGGGCCACCAAGGACCAGACAGACUAUUGAGCCCCUGGAAGCCAAGCUACCGAGGCUGACCCCUGCUUCCUCAUGUGCCCUGGUUGGGCACUUAGCAGCUCUCAGUAAACGUCUGCCACCUCCCUGUGGACCCCUGGGAUGCAAAUCUUGCUUGUGUAAAGAGAGACUCAACUCCUAACAGAGAAGACCCUCCUUCCAGCUAGCCUCCCUCUCUCCAGCUGCAGAGGCAGCCAGGAACUGUCACAUCACGCUGGGCAGGGCCAGGAGCAGGUUUCGUAAAGAUUGACCACUACCAGGUCAGCACAGCUGUGCCCUAGCAGGACAGAACUCGGGGCGCCUUUACAAGGUCACUUCCAAGGACCUGUCCUGGCCGGAAGAACGGCAGAAUCAACUGGACCAAGAGAGAGAGGAUCUGGGGGUCCGAACACCGACCUCAAGCGGUGGGCCCAGACCCCUGCUGCACGAUGCUCUGGCUCCGGGCUCCGACCUGGAGCCGCGGAGGUCGGGCCUCCCGGGGGCGUGGCCUCCCGGGGGCGUGGCCUCCCGGGGGUGGGGCUUCUGCCCGGCGAAACCUGCCGGGCUCCUCCCGGCGGAGUCAGCCCCGAGCCGCGCGCUGCGAGUCCAGCCGGAGCUGGCGACUUCACAGCCUCUGUCCCAUGGCCGGAUCUCCCCGCCGCGCCGCGAGCCGGCGACUGCAGCUGCCCCUGCUGUGCCUCCUCUUCCAGGCUGUCACCAUCAUCCUCUUUGCCAUCUUUGUCCGCUACAACCACGAAACCGACGCUGCCCGCUGGCACUGGGGCAACCUCAGUUACGCGAACAAUGAAUUUUACUUUCGUUACCCAAGCUUCCAGGACGUGCACGCCAUGGUGUUCGUGGGCUUCGGCUUCCUCAUGGUCUUCCUGCAGCGCUACGGGUUCAGCAGCGUGGGCUUCACCUUCCUCCUGGCCGCCCUGGCCCUGCAGUGGUCCACCCUGGUGCAGGGCUUCCUGCACUCCUUGCACGGCGGCCAUAUCCUUGUCGGCGUGGAGAGCAUGAUCAACGCCGACUUCUGCGCGGCCUCGGUGCUCAUCUCCUUCGGGGCCAUUCUGGGCAAGACGGGGCCUGCGCAGCUGCUGCUCAUGACCCUGCUGGAGGUGGCGCUGUUCGGGAUCAACGAGUUCGUGCUCCUCAACCUCCUGGGGGUGAGGGAUGCGGGCGGCUCCAUGACUAUCCACACCUUUGGAGCCUACUUCGGGCUGUUCCUGUCCAGGGUCCUCUACAGGCGCCAGCUAGAGAAGAGCAAGCACCGCCAGGGCUCCAUCUACCAUUCGGACCUCUUUGCCAUGAUUGGAACCAUCUUCUUGUGGAUCUUCUGGCCUAGCUUCAACUCUGCACCCACUGCGCUGGGGGACUCGCAGCAUCGGACAGCCCUCAACACGUACUACUCCCUAACGGCCAGCACCCUCAGCACUUUUGCUUUGUCUGCCCUCAUCAGUGGGGACGGGCGGCUGGACAUGGUCCACGUUCAGAAUGCAGCACUGGCCGGAGGGGUUGUGGUGGGGACGUCUGGCGAAAUGAUGCUGACCCCCUUUGGGGCUCUAGCAGCUGGUUUCUUGGCAGGGACUGUCUCCACGCUGGGGUACAAGUUCUUAACGCCCGUCCUUGAAUCCAAACUCAAAAUCCAAGACACAUGUGGUGUCCACAACCUCCAUGGAAUGCCGGGGAUCCUGGGGGCCCUUCUGGGGGUCCUUGUGGCUGGACUAGCCACCCAUGAUGCUUAUGGAGAUGGCCUGGAGAGCGUGUUCCCACUCAUAGCCGAGGGCCAGCGCACUGCCAGAUCUCAGGCCAUAUAUCAGCUCUUUGGCCUGUUGGUCACACUGGUGUUGGCCAUUGUGGGCGGGAGCCUUGGAGGGCUCCUGCUGAGACUGCCCUGCCUGGAUGCCCCCCCAGACUCUGAGUGCUAUGAGGACCAGAUCUACUGGGAGGUGCCUGGGGAGUAUGAGAAUGAAGCCCAGGGACCCCUGAGUGUGGAGGAGCCAGACACUCGGGCCUAACCAGCUGCCAGCCCUUGAGAGGAUAUUCUCUUUUUAGAAGAUGAUGGCGGGGACUGGGGCUGUAGCUAGUGGUAAAGAACAUGCUUAGCAUGUGCCACACCCUGGGUUCAGUCCCCAGCAUCCCCUGUCUACACACACACACACACCCCAGAAGAUGUCCUUUAGAAGGUCUGGAGGGGGUGGAGGGACAGGAGGGAACUGGGUGGGGGAAGCCUGGCCAGAUGACCCACCCCACUGCCCUACCAGCCCGCACAUGGGUUAGAAGAAGCCAAAGUGAGAACAAGUGCCUGCCAAUCCUUUGGGCCAGUGUCACUCAGUUCCAGUGAAACCUAGGACAGGCUCAGUGCCCUGGGGUAAUAAACACCACCCUCACCAAGGA